AUGGCGGCGCCCAGCUUGCUGCGCGUGUCCCGGCUGCUGCUUCCUGUCGGGAGGCAAGUUGCCCGUCGCUGUUCGUCGGCCCCGUCCCCCGCCCCGUCUACCACCUCCCUCGGCCGCCGGAUCCUUCAGGCGCUCAACAGACAUUUCUACGACGUGGAGGCCGUCACCAACUGGAGCAUCCGAUUCAAGCACUGGAACCUGCGCAGGAAGAACGCGCAUUACGCUUACACCGAGAGGCUGUACGGGCGGCACGUGGCGGCCGCAUACUACACGCUGUCACAGGGCGGUGCAGUGAGGUUUCAGGGUCACUCCGAUUGGCUGCGGCCGGAUCGAAAGGGGCGGUUCAGCUGGGACUUCCUACAGAACCGAAACGUGCCGGUGGAAUGCGUGGACCUCAGCCGUUCCCCCAUCACCUAUAGAGGCCUCGACAAUAUAGUUCCAGUAGCCGAGCUCCGGGAGCUGCACCUCCGUGGCUGCCCCCAUCUGGAUGAUUGGGCUUUGAGUCGUUUGCACGUCUUUAAAGAUUCCUUGGAGGUUCUGUCGGUGGCCAGCUGUCCCCGAGUGACCGAGAGGGGCCUGAGCACCCUGCACCAUUUACAGAGACUCCGGUAUCUGGACGUGUCUGACCUUCCCGCUGUGCAGAAUAAAGGGUUAAUGCGGAUUCUCCUGGAGGAGGCGCUCCCGCGCUGUGACAUCAUCGGCAUGGAUUAUUUCCAGGGGAUCGGGGAGGAAGAAGCCGGCGCGCCGGCCACGCGCCUCUGAACAGGUGGAGAUUGUGCGGGAAGCCGUGGCGCGUCUUCGUUUCUGGGUCACAGGCGGCCGGCGACCGCUCAGGGAAG